AUGUCACCUGAUGCAGCAGAAAGCUCUACUUCUAACUUAGAAAAUACUGAGUCUUCAGUUUUACCCCAGCGCUCGUCUUCUGUAGCACAGACGGGAGGAGGUAUUAUCUCAUCAAGUGACUUCAUUGAGCCUUCGACCGAGUCUUUGCUUACACAUUCUUCAGAGAUCCCAACUCAUUCAUCUUCAUCCAGUGAUCUUGCUGGAGUUGGAAGUAGCCAUCAAUCAGUUAUAAUUUCGGACCGAGAAAAGGGGAUUUCCAGUUCUCCUGCUCACAGGACGUACGUGUCAACAGCUUUCACCAGAGGUGGGGAGAAGACAUCUGAGUCUCAAACUCACAGCAGCACAUCGACUGUGGCAGCAGAAAUCUUCACGACUACUAGAGAUGCAGCCAAGUCUUCAGACUCAACCCAGUUCUUGUCUUCUGUAUCACAGACUGGAGGUUUCAGUAUCUCAUCAAGUGAUGCCGAUUUCAUGGAGCCUUCCACCGAGCCUUUGCUUACAGAGUCUUCUGAGAUCUCAACGUUUUCUUUACCAAAUGAUAUGUCCACUUACUCUUCUUUCCAAAAUGAUCCUUCCAGCUUUGCAAGUAGCUAUCAACCGGUUAGCAGCAUCGAGACUGAGAAAAGGACUUCUGCUUCUCGCACUGACAGCACGUACAUUUCAACCACGUUCAGUAGAGGCGGAGACAGGACUUUACUGUCUAUAUCAAAUAACAGUACCUCUGCCGAAUCAUCAGAAAGUUCCACUUUUUAUGCAGAUAUUUCCAGCUCUUCAGAAUUAGCACAGUCCUCAUCUUUUAUGACUCAGAGCAGAGGAAGUAACAUAUCUUCAAGUGAGGGGGAUUUAAUUGCUCCGUCUACGGAGCCUUUGCUUGUACAGUCUUCCAAAAUGGCAACUUACUCUUCUACAGUCAACUUACAAAAUACAACUCUGUCUGUCACUGGCACUGAAUCAUCAUCAACUGGCAGAUCAUCAUCAUCAUCAGUGUUUCCACCUUCUUCCUCAGCGGCAUCAUUACAACCCUUGAUUUCCUCAACGCCACUGCCUCCUCAGUCAUUUGCAUCAUCAGAGUCCUCUCUACCAUCUUCUUCAUCAGGGAUACGACCAUCAUCACUCCCACCACCAUCUCUGUCAUCUUCAUCCGCCUCCUCGUCAGUCACGUCCUUUCCUAUAGUAUCAUCUGUAUUACCUUCAUCGUCUUCGUCAUCACGGGCUAGCGAUAGUUUUCAGACCAGUGUGUCCACAGUUACAUCGGAAGGGUCAGACCGAACUGAGCCCACCUCUGCUGUAUUCUAUGGGAGUACACCCGGACAAUACAGGAAUCACAGUGGACCGCACCAGCAGAAAGAAAGCACUAGUUUCAAAACUGUAGAGCCACUUUCUCUUCAGACUGAACCUAUGGAACAGUUCAGCCAUCACUCUUCAUCCACAUCAGCUUCCUUACUAGUGACAGAGAGCUCCACAGGAAGAACCUUCACUUCCAGGACCAUUGGAAAGGAGGACCAUGUGGAAAAGACAACUUUGCUUCCGACAACAGCUGCUACAAGUCUGAGCCAGGGUACCCAACACACUGAGAUGGCAAAAGGAUCAACUAGUAUCUUGCCAAAUAUGACGCAUCAAAGAGAAGUGUUCCCUGCAGUGGAACUAACAACAGGAAAAACUUUUACACUGUCAACAGGUGUGACUUCUGGGCCAGCACAUGCUCUGUCAACUACAGAUCAAUCUAGUACAAUGCACACUCGCGGAGUUCAAAUUGCUGCUACCACAACACUGGCCUAUGUUGCUGCAGUAACUACAAAAGCGAUGGAAACUAGCACUACCGCUAGCAUUAAAAUCACUGAAGAAAAUAUCCCAGCUACACAUCCUCCCAAAACAUCUUCCACUCACAAAACCACUGCAAGGUUUUCCACUACUUUGGCAGCAGCUACCAAACCAACUACUGUUGCUCUCUUAAGUCGCACAAAGGAAUUGGUAACGUCUUCUCAUACAACAGUUAAUAUCUGCUCCACAAACCCUUGUCUGCAUGAUGGAAAAUGCAUUAUUACUGGUGUUGUGGGGAAACAUCUGUGCAAGUGUUCACCAGCCUGGCAAGGAGAAGACUGCAGUGAAGAUGUGGAUGAAUGUCUUUCUAACCCAUGCCCAGCUUUCGCCAUAUGUAAUAACACUCAGGGCUCCUAUGUCUGCAAAUGUCCUCUUGGAUACCAGCUAGAAAAAAGAAAAUGCAGUUUAGUAAAAACAUUUGUUGGUGAACUUCUAUUGAAACUGAACACGACUCAUGGGAAGUAUUCUGAACUCCGUGUAAUUGAAGAUGAAAUAAUAACAAUGCUGAACAUGUCUCUUUCAACGCUACCUGGCUAUUACAACUCAGAAGUUAAAGCUAUAAGGGAGUCCAAUUCUGUCCGAGUUUCAGUUCAAGCUACCUUCUCUUUGAUAUCCAAUGCGACAUUCGCUAUCAUUGUGAGCAGUGUAAAAAGCUACAUUAGAGCUUGCAAAACUGCUGCUGAAACCUGCUUUAUGCUGCUCCACCGAGUUGAUGGCUUGUGUAAACAGAAGGACCCUGAAUGCGACAGAGAAACUUCAGAAUGUUCCGACUCGGAUGGCAUUGCAGUCUGCCAGUGCAAGAGUGGCUACUUUAAAUACAACAAGAUGGAUCAUUCCUGCAGAGCUUGUGAAGAUGGAUACAAGCUUGAAAAUGAGACCUGUGUGAGGUGCCCAUUUGGCUUAGGGGGAUUCAACUGUAGAAACCCGUAUCAGCUAAUCACCGUGGUGAUUGCAGCUGCAGGAGGGGGACUUCUGCUUAUCCUGGGGAUAGCACUGAUCAUUACUUGCUGCCGGAAGAAUAAAAAUGACAUAAGUAAACUCAUCUUUAAGAGCGGGGAUUUCCAAAUGUCACCAUACGCUGAAUACCCCAAGAACCCUCGAGCACAGGAGUGGGGCAGAGAGGCCAUAGAAAUGCAAGAAAAUGGAAGCACUAAAAACCUGCUGCAGAUGACGGAUGUAUAUUAUUCGCCAACUUGUCUACGAAACUCUGAACUGGAAAGAAAUGGACUUUAUCCUCCCUACACUGGUUUGCCUGGAUCUCGACAUUCAUGCAUCUACCCUGGACAAUAUAACCCUUCCUUUAUUAGUGACGAAACCAGACGAAGAGACUAUUUUUAACACAAUUAUGUGGGAGUGGAAGAUCAACGUAGAUACGUGUCCUUGUUUACCAGGUACACUCUGUCACAUGACAGUUCAACUGAUACCAGUCUUAAUCUUCACAUACAGGGAGGACUUUGAACUCAAAAGAACACAGAGUCUUGCUGCCUUGAAAACCCAUCCGUAGUUGUUGUUGAGUAGCGAAGAUGGAAGGGAAGAAUGUACCAGUAUGCAGAUCUAUGAAAGACCAAGGUGGAAGUUUAUGCAAGUUAGCGUGUGUGUUCCGCUUUUGUCUUUGCCAUUGACAUCACAUCACAUGCAUUUGUUAAUAGAUCAGUACAGACAGACAAAAUUUGCUCGCACUCUAAAAUUAAUACCACUAGGGAGUGUUUUGUUUACAGUUGUUGUAAAAUAUUGAUCUGACUACUGUGUGUUUCCUCUUGGCCAACUUUUAUGCAAAGAUACACUAUGGCUAUGUCUAGACUACAGGUGGCCUUUUUUUGAAAAAAAAAGUGGCCUUUUUUUCGAAAAAACUUCAC